AGCCAAAAGGCGAAGUGAGUCUGGAAAGCAAGUCAGUGAAGGUGGAGAGAUAUUUGCGAAAGACAUUGGUAUUAAAGAAACAGCCUUUCCGAGCACGAGGCACCCCAGUGACGAAGCAUCAGUCCACAAGCAAGUUAAGCAACUGUGUGAAGAGAAGGAAAGCAUCUGGAGAGGCGAUUGUACCAUUGGCUGAUAAUGGUACUAAAGGAGUACUCAAGGAGGAUCAGGAGACUGUGGAGAAGCUGAAUCUUUUCAUCUGUUUUCACUUUAUUAUUAAAGGCAUGCCAGCCCACAACAAGCAGAAGAUAUUUGUGAUGCUGCUGACACUGGUCACCUACACAUUCAUGAUAGUGAUGAAUGCAGGAGCUGGUUCAGGAGCAUUCAGAGGUGUAUUUCAUACCACUGUUGGGAAUAUCUCCCGCCACCAUGAGACGAGACUCACACCAGCAACCUGGACCUUCUUCAUUUGGAACAUCAUCUUUCUGUGGCAAUAUGGCUGGCUGGGUUAUACAUUAUCAGGACUCUGCAGAAGGAAUGAACUUGGCUGGGUCUAUAUGAGGCCAGAUGUACUGCCACUCUCGUUUUACCUGGUAUGGAUGCUGAACAAUGCUUUAAAUAUUGGAUGGCUGUUCCUGUGGGAUUCACUGCAUUUUGUUCCAGCCUUACUUGUUCUGGCUUUGCUCACUCUUACCAGUUACGCUGCUCUCUUCAUUUCACACCGGGCCUUGUACCCUCAUACAGCUUGGUUAAAUAAGCAUAGCAAAGCAGACCUCUGGCUCAUCCGGAUUUUGGUGCAAAACGGAAUUGCUCUUUAUGCCACGUGGACCACAAUAGCCACCCUCCUGAAUUUCACAGUUGUCUUAAUCUAUAAUGGGAAUGUGUCUGACGGAAGUGCAACAGUAUCCUCUCUAUGCAUCCUUUUCUUUGAGCUGAUACUAUGGUUUUAUCUGGAGAACUUCUUGCUCGAAAAGUAUCUGCGUUAUACCCUCACUAUCUACCCAGUGGUCAUUUUAGCAUUAAGCGGCACCUUACAUAAGAGCAAUAUUACUGUCUCUCCAAAUCCAAGUAGCAUAAUUACAGCUGUGCUGCUGAUAGUUGUGUAUAUUGCAUUUGGCACUCGGCUGGUCCUUGUCGCUUGGAAGCAUGACAGAAGGAAUUUGGAUGAAUCACUUGUCCCAGUUACCACACUUUGAAUUUGUCUACUGCCUGGAUGGAGUUCCUCAAGGGAAGACAAGACGAGCCUUUUUCGACUGUCAAAGAGUUUUGGCAGCACUCGGGUUGCAGCUAUCCUUUAGCACUGACUAACCUAAGGAUGGACAAAACUUUUGGUUUUGUUUUCUUUUUCAGUUUCUCAUUCUCCCAGGUAUAAGUUCAGUUUGUGCUAUUCCCACAUCAGUUUGAAAACUUUUGCAAAGUAGUUUGUAUAAAGAUACAUAGCCAGUUUUGUGUGCAUUUGUCCUAACAUGCAUUUUAUGCCAUUUUGUACAAUUCAUACAUCUUUACAAGGAAUUUUGCAUAACAUGCAUUUCUGAACUUAUUUUCACUAACAUACGCAUUCCUGUCCACUUGUUUCCCUGUUGUUGCUAUGUGCCAUCAAGUCAUCUCCAACAUAUGGCAACCCUAUGAAUGAAAGCCCUCCAUGAUGUCUUAUCCAUGACAUCCCUGGUUAGCUGUUCUAAAUUCAAGACUGUGGCCUCCCUUAAGGAGACAAUCCAUCUCUUCUGGUCUUCCAUUUCGCCUUCUGCCUUCAACUUCCCAACCACAAUUGUUUUCUCCAGCGAGUUUCGCCCUCUCGUGAAGUGGCAGCCUCACUUUUAUCUUUGUUGCUUCUAGGGAAAGAUAGGGCCUCACUGAGGAAUCACUUGUUCAUCCUUCUGUUGGUCUGGGGAAUUCACAAAUCCUGUAAUAUACCCACUUUGUACACUUUUUUAAGAAUUGAAGAAAUUUCACGUACAAUUUGGAGAAGUCAAAAUUCAAAGGAUAAAUGGAUUUUUGAUUCAUGUACAGGUUUAGAAAUGUGAAAUUAAAGGAGUGCACUGAG